AUGGCCUCUGCGGAGAAAGUUAUCACAGCGGAACAUGAGUUGAAUGCCCAGGCGCUGCAACUCCCUCGCCAGAAAUGGUACGAGUGGUUUGCUCCGACAGACACUCCCGCUGAGCGAAAGCUCAUCCUCAAACUCGAUGGGCUCAUCAUCGUCUUCGUCUUCCUGGCGUAUUGGGCUAAAGUGCUGGACUCGUCCGCGACAAGCACGGCCUACGUUAGUGGGAUGAAGGAGGAUCUGAACCUGUACGGCAAUCAGUUGAAUUAUCUACAGACGGUUUACAUGGUUGGCUUUAUCACGAUGCAGAUUCCCUUGACAUUGCUGAUGACCCGAUGCCCGGUGAAUUACUUCCUCCCGGCUGCAGAUCUCUUAUGGGGCGUCUUUACCUUGGCCCAGUACAAAGCCAGCAACGUCACCCAGCUGUAUGCUCUCCGGUUCUUCGUCGGUGCGCUAGGUGGCUUCUUCUUCCCAGCUGUGCAGUGGUAUCUAGGCAGCUGGUAUAAAAGCUCUGAGCUAUCUCGCCGUGGUGCCAUCUUCUUCAUUGCCAGCCAAGUCGGCAGUAUGAGCUCCGGAUAUAUCCAGGCGGGUGCUUAUGCCAGACUAGAUGGGCGUUAUGGAAUCGAAGGUUGGAGAUGGCUGUAUAUUAUCUGCUUCGCGUGCACAAUCCCGAUCGCUUUCUUGGGCCUCUGUCUUCUUCCCAGCACCCCGGAUACGUGUACCUCACGCUUCUUGAGUGCUGAUGAGAUCCGUCUCGCGCAGGCGCGCAUGGCAUCGGAGAACCGUGAGGCUCGUCAGCCAUUUACAAAAGCCAAGGUCUUGCAGAUAUUCAAAGGUUGGAGACUGUGGGUGCUUGUGAUCUUUGCGUUCUUCUUCUCGCAGGCCGACGGUGUAUCCUCAAACAGCGGCUUGUCUCUAUGGCUCAAGGCCGAGGGCUACUCCGUGGAAAGCAUCAACACAAUUACGACAGUCUCGCCGGCAGUCACCAUCGUGGCGUCGGUAGUUUGCGCCGUCUUUUCCGACGUCUACGACGCCAAAGCCAGCUUGAUUGCAGUGACAGCCUUGCUGAACAUCUUUGCAUGCAUUGUGCUUGCAAUCUGGAAGGUGCCUGUGGGAUUGAAGUUCUUCGCCUUCUUUCUCUCCGGUACAGCUGAUGGAAUUGCGGCUAUCAUAUAUGCAUGGGCAAAUGAGAUUUGCUCCCAUAGCGCCGAGGAGCGUGCUAUUGUGAUCAGUGCGAUGAACACCAUUGGCAAUACCUUUGGGGCUUGGAUUCCACUCUUUGUGUGGAAGACAGUCGAUGCCCCGCGGUACCUGAUCGGAUACAACUGGACUAUCGCUCUUGAUGUCUGUAUGCUAGUCAUGCUGGCGGUUCUGGUUCGGUUCUGGGCCCGUGAAAAGAAACGAACACUCGCCUAG